CAGAGAAAAUGUCAGCUUUGACUGUCAACAGCAUUUGUCAACUGUCAGCUGUCAAAUAUCAUGUGGAUUUCACGUUGUUUUUGUUUCUCAGAUGCAUUAACAUUCAUGUCUGUUUAAAUUAUAAAUGAUAAGUUCAUAUUCUAGUGAUUGCAAGUAUGAAGUUUAAUUAUAAGUUCCAAAACCUUCUGGGAACAGUCUAUAGAAAAGGAGAUAUUGUGUUUAGUCAUGACGGGAAUAGUGUCAUUAGUCCUGUGGGAAACAGGAUUACAGUUUACAAUUUAAAACAAAACAAAAACAUCACAUUAUCUGUGGAAAGUCAUUACAAUUACACUGCUAUAGAUGUCUCACCAAAUGGAUCUGUUCUCUUGGCUAUUAAUGAAAAGGGUGAAGCACAAAUGAUAAGUCUGGUGACAUGCUCAGUAAUACACAAAUAUAAAUUCAAACAGCAAGUAAAUGCGGUCAAAUUUAGUCCAGAUGGAAAAUAUUUUGCAGCUUGUUGUGGUGAUACAGUAUUCAUAAUGACAGCACCAACCAGUUACACAGGUGAAUUCCGUUCUUUUGUCAUGAAGAGAGUCUAUCAAAAGGCAUAUGAUGAUGUAACAUGCUUAGACUGGUCAACAUGUUCAAAACUAUUAGCGGUUGGCUCAAAAGAUACAACAACGAAAAUCUAUACAGUUGACUAUUUGGACAAUAUUAACAUGUUUUCGUUAGGAGGACAUACAGAUAAGAUUGUUGGUGUAUUCUUUGAGAGAAAAAGCUUGGAUUUGAUAACUGUGAGUAGGAACGGACAGGUUUGUUUGUGGGAGGCUAGUAUAGACCCCGAUGACUUGAUUGUAUCGGAAGUACAAAUAUCGCAUAGAAAACGAAGAAAACUGCAAAAGGCAGAUGAUAGUGAAGAUGAUAUUGAUGAAAAAAAUGUUAUUGAAAAAGACAAGGAUUAUCAGAGUGACGAUGAUAAGAAAAGUACUAAAGAAGAAAUCAAAGUAAAGGAAGAAAAGAGAUUGGUUUUCACGAAACUGGGACGACAUUACAUAGGAGAUGCAAUACGGAAUGCCAAUUACAGGGUGAAGCUGACAGCUGCGCAGUACCACAAAGCUACUAAAAUGUUGAUCACAGGUUUCUCAAAUGGCGUGUUCUUCCUGCACGAGAUGCCGGAUGUGAACUUAGUGCACACUCUGAGUGUGUCUGAGCACCGCAUCAGCAGCGUGGCGGUGUCGCCGCAGGGGGACUGGGUCGCGUUCGGUUGCCCCCACAUCGGACAGCUGCUCGUCUGGGAGUGGCAGAGUGAGCAAUACGUGAUGAAGCAACAAGGUCACUCGCAGGACAUGACGUGCGUGGCGUAUUCACCGGACGGGCAGUACAUAGUGACGGGCGGGUACGACGGCAAAGUCAAACUGUGGAACACCUCCUCCGGCUUCUGCUUCGUCACCUUCAGCGAGCACUCCUCCACCGUCACCAGUAUUGUCUUCAGCCCCAACAAGAAGUUCUUCGUGUCCUCAUCGCUUGAUGGCACUGUCAGGUGCUAUGAUUUGACAAGGUACCGCAACUUCCGCACACUGACGUCUCCCAGCCUGGUGCAGUUCGGGUGCGUGUCGCUGGACUCCAGCAGCGAGUUGUGCGCCGCCGGGGGACAGGAUGUCUUCGAGAUAUUCCUUUGGUCCCUCAAGUUCGGCAAGCUGCUCGAUGUGCUGAGUGGUCACGAGGCUCCGGUGGUGAGCCUGGCCUUCAGCCCCACAUUAGCCAGCUCCCGGCUCGUGUCCGCCAGCUGGGACAAGACAGUGCGUCUCUGGAACUGUAUAGAGACCAGUACUGACUGCGAGGUCAUACAGCUCACCUCUGACGCACUUCAAGUCGCAUACAGGCCGGAUGGUGAAGAGAUUGCGGUGUCGACGUUGGACGGUAAUAUAACGUUUUUCAACGCGACCAGUUGCGAGCAGACCAGUAGUAUCGAGGGCCGCAACGACCUCGGCUCCGGGCGCGCUGACACAGACCUCGUCACCGCUAAACAACAACUCAAAUCUAAAGCAUUCACAACAAUCUGCUACUCAGCGGACGGCAACAGCGUGCUGGGCGGCGGCAACUCCAAGCACGUGUGUCUCUACAGCGUCAAGGAGGCCGUGCUCAUCAAGAAGUUUGUCAUCACGCAGAACAGAUCGCUCGAUGCCAUCAGUGAUGUGGUGAACCGUCGUCUGCUGUCAGAGUUCGGGAACAUGGCGCUGGUGGAGGAGCGCGGCGAGCUGGAGGGCGGCGACGUGAGAGUGCGGCUGCCAGGUGUGCAGGCCGGAGACAUGGCCGAGAGGAACAUCAAGCCUGAGGUGCGCGUGCAAUGUGUGCGGUUCUCGCCGACCGGAGAGAGCUUUGCAGUGGCUGCCACAGAGGGCCUGCUCGUGUACACUCAGAACGCCGGUCUUGAUGGCACAUUCAGGCCGUUCCGGCUGGAGACUGGGUCUACUCCUGCAGCGGUGAAGAGUCUUCUAGAAGAGGGCAGCUGGGGCCGCGCACUGCUCGGCGCGCUGCAGCUCAACGAGCACCAUCUCAUACAGCAGUGUGUCGAAGCCAUACCACCAGCUGAUAUCGAGCUGACAGUGCGGGACCUGGAAGAGGAGUACCGCGAGCGUGUGGGCGGCAGCGUGGCGCGCCUGCUGCAGGACAGCCGACACCUCGAGCACCUGCUGGUGUGGGCGCGCGCCCUCCUCGCCGGGGGACGUCUGCCGCACACCGUGCUGCUCGCCCUCGAGAAAGUCCUCACUCUUAAAUAUUCACACUUGAGCAAGAUAUGUGACUUCAACAAAUAUACAAUACGCUGUAUAAAGUCAGUAGCUGAGAUAGCGCCGAAACAAGAAGAUGUCGAGAUGGACACCGACAAUGAAUCCAGCGGUCGGGGAACUUUCUCUGACACAGACUAAAUAAAUUUGUUAAUAAAAUGAUUUUAUACUUA